AACUGAAACAAGUUGGUAGUUAAAGCGAUUAUAGACUACGGAAAUAAUUCACAAUAGAGAGUAAAUAAUUUGUACAAUUAUUUUCAAAUACUUACUACAUACUUACGUAUUCAGGGUCUAUUUAAUGUACAUUACUCAAAAGUCGAUACUUAUAUUCAAUAGAAAAUGAAACUGCAUUCAUACUCAACUUACUAUACAUACAUGCUAUGAAUAGUGUACGGAUUGAACAUAUUGGAUUAUAUAUUGUACAGAAGUGAAUAGAAGUGGGUUUGUAACAUGUCACGAUGAUAUGUUAGUUUGGUGUUUAGAUGCUUGUGACAGGUUCUAGAUAAACGUGAGUAAAUAACCAUGCAAGUGACUGUUGUUAGUAAGUAGCUUGUCGGAUGAUACUAUGAAAUGGCCCAAAAAACGUCAUGUAAAGUCCAGUUCACAGACGGACGAACUGACCAAGGCGUUUCCGGAAAUGCCGGUCCCACAGGGCAUACCUCCGGUUUUAAAUAACUCGGCAACGUUAGGAUCACAAAUGGUUGUUGCAGGGGGCGACCCAGCGUUGAUUGCAGAUGAUGACGACGACGUGCUUAACGUAUGCCGCGAUGGAACGCUCAAGAUGGAAGGACGGGCGAGCGCGCGGUGCUUCCCCGUGCCGAAGCGCGUGAUCGUGACAAUGUUGCUUGGCUUGGGGAUGAUGCUCGUGUAUGCCAUGCGCACAAACGUCGGCGUCAUGGUGGUCAUGAUCCUGGACGAGCAAGCGUAUGAAAAACUCGAGUCCGUGGAGGCUAUUAUGAACAUACCGCGUGUCACCUGGGAUGCACGGCACGUGGGUUUCCUGCACAGCGUGUUCUACAUAGGCUUCAUCGUCACCCAGAUCCCCGCCGCCUUCUGCACCACGUUAUGGCCCAGUAACAGGAUGUACGGUGGGUGUAUCCUGGUGUCGGCGCUACUCAACCUACUUCUGCCCGUGUGUAUAGAGAACGGACUGUACGGUCCCACGUGUCUUAUCCGUGGAUGCCAGGGACUCGCGGAGGGCUACCUGUAUCCUGCAUGUUACGGCGUGUUGCGCCACUGGACGGCGCCCAAGGAACGCAGCAGACAGGUGUCCGCCGUCCUCUCGUGUGCGUACGCCGGGGCAAUUGUGGGAUUUCCGCUGGCCGGGUAUCUCAGCCAUUAUUUCAAGUGGCAGUACACCUUCUAUGUUUGUGGUUGUAUGUGCGUGUUGUGGUGGGGCGUGUGGACGUUGGUGGCGUACGAGAAGCCCUCCCAUGACGUUACCAUGAGCGACCAGGAGUUCCUCUUCCUGCAGGAGGCGCAAGGACAAGACGUCAUCGACUACGUGAACCUAACCGUGCCCUGGGGAGCGAUUCUGACGUCACUUCCGGUGAUGGCGAUAUGCCUUUGUCACUUUGUGCGCCACUGGGUCCUAGGACUCAUGUUGACAAAUGAGCCCCUGUAUCUUAGCCAGUUUGGCUACAAUAUUGCGGAGGCAGGGGCGCUGGCGUCGGUGCCACACAUCGCCAAGAUGGUCAUGUCCUUCUUAAGCGGCCUUAUUGCCGACGGAUUGCUCAACCAUACUUCCAUCUCCACCACCGCCGUCAGGAAAUUACUUGUCGGCGUUGGACUGGGACUGGAGGCGCUCGGGUUUCUUGUUCUCACGCUGCUGACGGAUGGUGUCCCCGUCAUCAUCGUCCUCUCCCUCUCCGUCGGGGCGUUUGGGCUCACCACGUCCGGAUGGUCAGUGAACCACUAUGAUCUGUCGACUCGCCACGCAAGCAGCCUUGUUGCCAUAACCUCAACUUUUGGGUCCAUUGGCGCCAUGAUUGUUCCUAUAGUUACCGGACACCUUACUGUCAAACAGAACCUAGCAGGUUGGAACCACGUGUUUGAUCUGACCGCGGGUAUCAUCUUGCUCGCUACCGUCUUCUUUCUUGUAUUUGGCUCAGGUGCACAACAGAGUUGGUCGGAACCGCCACCAAACAUAUGUCUGAUACAGAAGACGGACCCUCUAGCCAGGAAACCAUACAAGACGCACAUAGUGCAGGAAUCACCGCCCGUGGACGAGAAGUAUCGCCCAAUACAGCCACACACUGCCCUUGUAGACGCCCAGUCCACGAGUAUAAUGGAGGAGAUAGCGGUCGGAGAAAUCUCCGUAAACCGACAGGACUUGGUACAGCCAGCAAGCUUGAUUGACAGGUUAAUGCAGAUGAUCAAUCCGAGUGAAGAUCAUACCACGCCCAAGAUGUCGGGGGAUUCGGGGCGUCCGCAUACAGGAAAUGGCAAUAUAGCGGACAAUACACUGAGAACAGGACAAGAAAACUCAAACGCCUCUAGUGAAGAAAUUAAAAAUAUAAUGAAUAAAUGUGCUAUUGAAGUUGUUUAUAGUAAAGACUAUGCUCAAUCAAUACAACCGUUACCUAAUGACGGAGACAAUGCUGUUUGUGAUACUGAACUAAAUUGCUCAUCCACAUCUGAAUGCCCGGAUUCGGUCAGUAAUUUCACAUCCAGAAUGAGCAAUGGUGCAGAAAUUGCCAUGCCUAGCACUAGUUUGACAGAUGAGGUUGAAGAAAAUGCAGAUAAAAGGUCGCUUACUGAUUUGUAAUGCUCGAAAUUGCUAGUGGACGCAUCUAGAUGAAGUUUCUGUACGAGAAUGACUAGUAUUUCGUCUGUAUGCUAUUUAGAUGAUUUUAAUGGUUUAUGCUCGAAAGUUUCAUGCAAGUAUUGCAUAAUUAAUCUUAUUAGACUAAUGGGUUCUGGUGAUGUUAACAUACUGUUAUAUACUUAAGUGAUAUUGUUAUGACGUCUUUGAAUUAAACUAUUUUAGACCUCCACAGACGAGACAAUAAUUAAUAAUAUCUCGUACUUGUUUGAUUUGCCAAUUAAAUUGUACAGUCCAACCCAAACACUCAGAUUCUAUUUUUAAAUUUAGGAUUGAUCUUAGUUGGUUAUAAAAUACAGCACCUGGUCACAAGAACAGUCCGUCAUAUGAACUCGUACUGAGCAUACCUUAUUUCCUUCAAAUUGUGUGUAGCCUGUACAUUUUGAUUCAGACAUUUUAUAUGUACUCUCUCAGGAAAUAUAGAAUAAUUUCAUUGCUAUUCCGAUAGGAAGAUCCAUGUUGAGCUCAACCAAAGGUUAGAGUUUCUUAGUGUUUGUUCCAUGAAGAAUUCAUGUUAAGACAAUGGCUACCGAGUCAUUAAAUAAAGGUCACAGUCAACAGACCACGAUAGUUGAGAGUGGCUCAACAAGUACGCAAGUGCACUUGCACAGUAUGCUGUGUAGCUAAAUAAUUCAACAAGUUGGCAAGUGCACUUACACAGUACGCUGUGUGGCUAAACAAUUCAACGAGUACCAAGAAAACAAGUACACUUACAAAGUAUGUUGUGUGGUUUAUAAUACUAUUAUAUACACAAUGUAAAAAGAGUUAAAUAUUAUUUAUAUAGAAAUAUACAAGAGCUGUCACAGAGACAGCGCGCUCGACUAUUCCGCCGCUUUUCAGUGUAAUAUAAUGAUUGAAAAGUUUUGGUGAAACAAUUGCCUGGAUCACUGUAAAAUUAGAUUAACAUGAUGCCAUUAUUUGAAUUUAAUGCAGUUAUCUUACUUGGUUAUUUAAGUAGAUUGGAUGGUUGAGUACCAUUGUAUAAAGUAUCAAUGCAAUACAUCAUGUAGCUGCUGAGAUAUUAACCUAUGUGUGCUUACAAGCAAAACCUUAACUAGAAUUUCUAAGUCAAAUAAUAAAGGCCCAUAAUUUGCAUUAUACUCAAAAAAUGUCAUUAAUUUAGUAGUUAUAUAGUUGGAAAUACCUAUCUAAAGUUUCAUGAUGUAUUUGCUGAGAUAUUGACUUAAAUGUGGUUACAUUCAAAACCUUAACCAGAAUUGCUAAGUCGAAUAAUAAAGGUCAAUUAGUUUGCAUUAAAUGCAAACUAGAGUUAUCUUACUUGAUUAAUUAAGUAGGUUGGUUGGUUGAGUACCAUUGUAUAAAGUCUCAAUGCAAUAAAUCAAGUAGUUGCUGAGUGUGCUUACAUGCAAAACCUUAACCAUGAUUUUUAAGUCAAAUAAUAAAUAAUAGGUUAUAUAGUUGGAAAUACCUAUCUAAAGUUUCAUGAUGUAUUUGUUGAGAUGUUGACUUGAAUGUGGUUACAUGUAAAACCUUAACCAGAAUUGCUAAGUUGAAUAAUAAAGAUCAAUUAUUUUGCAUUAAAUGUAAAC